AUGACCGACGCCAAUCCGGGCCCGCUUCACGUUGAGUUGCCCCCCAGCACCAAUGGUGACGGUCCCUCCGAAUCUGGCCGUACCACCCCGAAGGACAGCAAGGGCUGGGACGGGAAGCUGAGGGUAGAACGGCAUCCCGUCAUCACGAAUCCGGAGGCUCUGAGUGAUCCUGAAUACUCGGACGAAGACGCCCCGCCUGUGGAGCAGAUCAACGCCGAUGAAGAUCUUUUGGACGAUGUAGAAGAGGAUGAGGAGGAUAUCAACCUCGUGCAUUUCAGAAUCUCAAGUAUACCAGCAUUACGACUCGAGCGGUUCAAGAAGAUAAUGCGUCUCUGCCUUCGCCAGAACCAGAUAUCCGUCAUCGACCUCCCGGACACGCUCUCAUCGACCCUCGAAGAGAUCGAUCUCUACGACAAUCUGAUCGCACAUAUCAAGGGCCUCGACAACCUUCACGCCCUCACCUCUCUCGACCUUUCUUUCAACAAAAUCAAGCACAUCAAGCGUGUCAACCACCUCACUAAGCUCAAGGAUCUAUAUUUCGUGCAGAACAAAAUUGGAACCAUAGAAGGCCUGGAUGGAUUGGCCAACCUGCGGAUGCUGGAGCUAGGAGCAAACAGGAUACGGGUCAUCGAGAAUCUUGAAACCCUCACAGCACUCGAAGAGCUUUGGCUAGGCAAGAACAAGAUCACAGAAAUACAGGGCCUUUCCACCCUCACCAACCUCAAAAUCCUCUCCAUCCAAUCCAACCGCCUGACCGCCAUCUCCGGCAUCUCCGCCCUCACCAACCUCGAAGAACUCCACAUCUCCCACAACGCUCUCGCCUCCCUCUCCGGCGUCGAGAACAACACAAACCUCCGCGUCAUCGACAUCAGCAACAACCCCAUCAAAUCCCUCGCCGGCCUCUCCCCCUUGUCGCACCUCGAGGAACUAUGGGCGAGCUACUGCCAGCUCUCCGACUUCGCCGAAGUCGAGGCCGAACUGGCGGACAAGGACGAGCUGGAGACGGUGUACUUCGAGGGCAACCCACUGCAGCUGCGGCAGCCGGCGCUGUACAGGAACAAGGUGAAGCUGGCGCUGCCGCGGAUCAAGCAGAUUGAUGCUACGUUCGUGCAGCUGUAG